AUGUCUAUCGAAACGGGCGAUGAGGGGGUGGAGAAGGAGAGCGGCUUCCUUUACAACUCGGACAAAAAGGAGCUGCUGGGCUCGAUCUUGCCUCAGAUUUUGCGCGACCUGACGCUGCAUGGCGAGUGCACUAUCCCGGUGGACACGGCCAACAUCAUCAAUUUGAAGUUGCUCCCAACGCUGCAAGAUCCGGCGCCUGUGUUCGAGUACCAGGCGCCAGUUGCGAUUCGCGACCUGCGCGCUCUGCUCGAGAACAGCGGCGCGUUAUUUGAGCAUGUCGAGGAUUUAUGCGCUGCAGCAGAUUGUGCCGUUCAUCGACGGCGUCCGCUUCUCUACUACGGCUGCGUCACGCUGAUCGACAUUUUCCUGCACUCGAACAUUUACACCAACACGCCGAAGAUCGCAGUACUCGCGAACGACACCAAGCUCCAAGCAGAGUGUGCCGUGUACAUCGCCAAAUCCGGCCAUGCGCCCCCGUCGUUCGCUCGCAUCUUCGCCCUGUAUUGCUCCGUCCAGCCGAGUUUGCGCAUGAGCGAUUUCUGCGUCGUGUAUUCCGAGUCCCUCUCGCUUAUCGACGUGCGGCGAUUCAUCACCUUUGGUCUCAUCCAUGGUUUCCUGAGGCGCGUGCAUCGGUACCCCAUCUGCAUCGAACGCAACCUGCCCGGGUCUAGUCCGCAGCAGCAGCAACCGAACCAAGCACCACAGCAGCCGCAGCAGCAACCGAACCAAGCACCACAGCAGCCGCAGCAGCAACAAGGAGGCCAGCAGGUCGUCCCGCCAACGUCGACUCAGCCUGGUGAAGGAAGUGGAGCGCCAGGCGGGGGAAGCGGGAACGGCGCGGGCUCCAACGGCGCUGGAGGCAACGUGUCCUCGAUAUCGUCCACUAAGCGUGCAAUGGCGAGCAAGGCGAAUCAGCUGGAACAGGACGUGCUCCGGAUGAUGGACGGUGGCCACCACACGGACGAAAUCUGCAGCAAGUUCUUGCUGCGCUUCACCGACGUCGAGUCGACCAUUCAAAUGACUCCGAACUGCUUUGCGGUGCACAAGUGA